CCUUCUCUUCUUCCCAUCAACGACAACACCACCUUCAUCGUCUCUCGAGGUAUAUCUGCACCCUACGAUGUUGUAAUUCUUCUCCUCUUUCAUACCACGAUCUAUAACUCGUAUUGCAUUCCUCUCAAUUGCGGAUUCCUUGAUAAGGGACUGCGAUCCUUGCAAUCAGUGCAUGCACCCGCUCUGCGACCCACCUUCACGUCUUCCAGCUGUGGAAGCAACAAUUGAUCUUGUUUGCUUUCGGCUACAUCGCAUGAAGGCAUUGUACCUGGUUCUACCGUUGUCCUAGACACGCUUUGCCAUCUGCAGCUUGUCCAACUCGAGUUGCUGAGUCGAGAUGCCUCCCAAGAGAGGCAGACCUCGUAAGGUGGACAGCUUGUCUGCUGCCAGUCCUGCUGUCACUCCCGCAACUUCGAGAGGUUCCUCCACUAGACGUUCCGCACGUUUCGAAUCUGCCAAAACCCUCCCAAUCAAUACCAAAGUCAACUCCACCACAUUCAAUGACGACGAUGAGGAGGAAGAAGAUGAUUCUGCUUCUGACUUCCCACCCCUUCACGCCGUUAGUCGAUACUUCGCGGGGUCCAAGAAGGAUAAAAAGGAUGUCAUGGGUAGAGACUCCUUGUCGUCUAUCUCAACCUCUGUCGAGUCUCACGAAGGAAGUGGAUACUCUACACCUGCUACCAGCGCGGCCCCUACUCCUGCUCUCGAGAAGGCUUCUACAAACAAGCGAGGUCGUCGUCCAGCAACUAUGACAGGCGAGGCUUCUACUCCAGCUGUCAACGCUGUUGCUCGAGCUGCUGCUCUUCGAAACAGCCAGUUCUCUAUGAAUACUACAAACAACAAGCGCAAGAGAGUGGCUGAUUCGUAUGAUGAGGAGGAUGCCGAUGAAGAUGAUAGCCCUGAUGCUCAAUUGGCUCGCGCUCUUCAAGCACAAGAAGAUGCUGCUGCUGUUUCGAUGGCUAUGCAUGAAGACGAGGACGAUGAUGAGAUUGUUUCCCGCCGUGCUUCACGCAAAGUCCGCAAGAUUCUUCCAAAGGCUGACUCUGCGUCCGACUUUGAAGAUGAGGAGGAUGACGAGGAGGACGAUGAAGAGGAUGAUGAUUUCGACAUCUCAUCUUCUCGCCAGGCUAAGCGUCCUAAGAUCGUACUUGGUGCCAAGGGCAAGAAUAUCGUUACGUUUUCGAGCUCCAAGUCCUUCAAGGGGGCUGUCACAAUCGACGACUCGGAGGAAUCGGAGGAUUUCAUGGAGAUCGAUGAUUCUGAAGACUCUGAUAUUCCAAUCUCUCGGUCCAAGUACAAGUCUGCUUCGCGUGCUAGUGCUUCUAAGUCUGCCGCCAAGCGCGCCCCAAAGACACCUUCAGCACCACCCAAGGGCCGUGGACGGCGCUCACUUCCGGCUUCGAACUCCAGGGCUGCCGCCAGUCCUUCAACACAGAAGGGUAGCGGAACCAAGGCUUCGACUCCUAGUUCUGCACUUUCGGAUCUCGAGAACAUUGAGAGUGAGUUCACUGACUUUGAUGGCAUCGGUCUUGACUCAGAUGAGGUCGAUGCUGACUCCGCUUCCGACUCUGGUACUGGUACUGGUAAUGAUCGUGGCAUGCGCAUUAGUAUCGCUGCUCGCGUCCGUGAACUAGAGGCUGCGGGAAUUGGUUCAACGCCCAAAGAGAGAAAGGCCAGAGCCAAGCUUGAGCAUCAUCACCCAGACUUGCUCACUAUGUGGCAGGAUCUUGAGAAGCUUCCUAAGAUUGGAGAUGUCACCAUGGAACAACCAAAGAACAUUACCCGUGAACUCAAGCCCUUCCAAUUGCAAGGAGUAGCUUGGAUGAAGGCGAUGGAGAAGACCGAAUGGGCCGGCGGUCUCUUGGGAGAUGAGAUGGGAAUGGGUAAGACUAUUCAAGCUGUCUCGCUCGUUAUGUCAGAUUGGCCAGCCAAGUCACCUUCACUUGUCUUGAUUCCCCCUGUAGCUAUUAUGCAGUGGCAACAGGAGAUCAAGGACUACACCGACGGGACUCUGAAGACCUUCAUCUGGCAUGGUACCAAUUCUCUCGUCAAGACCAUGACCUACGAUAAGUUGAUGAAGUAUGACGUUAUUCUCAUGUCUUACAAUACUCUCGAAGCUAUGUAUAGAAAGCAGGAGAAGGGGUUCAAGCGCAAGGGUCAAUUAAUUAAGGAGAAGAGUUUGAUGCACAUGAUCCACUUUCAUCGUGUCAUCCUUGACGAAGCUCACAGCAUCAAGACGCGAACCACUGGAUCUGCGAAGGCUUGCUUUGCUCUCAAGGCUAAUCACAAGUGGUGCUUGUCUGGAACCCCAUUGCAAAACCGCAUUGGUGAAUUCUUCUCUCUGGUCCGUUUCCUCGACAUUCGUCCAUUCGCAUGUUAUUUCUGCAGACAAUGCCCAUGUUCAGUCAUGAACUGGGACAUGGAUGAACACAACAAAUGUACUAGCUGCGGCCACCACAGCAUGGGCCAUCUUUCUGUAUUCAAUCAGGAGCUCCUCAACCCUAUUCAAACAUUUGGCAAUGCAGGUCCGGGUAAGGAGGCCUUCCGUAAGCUCGGCAUUCUCACCGGCCGGUUCAUGCUUCGUCGUGUCAAGAAAGAUCACUCUUCCGCCAUGGAGCUUCCUGCUAAGGAGAUCUAUGUUGACCGCCAAUUCUUUGGUGAGGAAGAGAACGACUUCGCGAGCAGUAUCAUGAACAGCGGAACUCGCAAGUUCGAGACCUAUGUUGCCCAGGGUGUCUUGCUCAACAACUAUGCGAAUGUUUUCGGAUUGAUCAUGCAAAUGCGACAAGUUGCCGAUCACCCUGAUCUGAUCCUUAAGAAGCAUGGUGAUGGUGGUCAGAAUAUCAUCGUUUGCUGCAUCUGUGACGAGACGGCAGAGGAGGCUAUCAGAUCUACAUGCAAGCAUGACUUCUGUCGUGCGUGUGCUAAGAGCUACAUGGCUUCUUCUGACACCCCUGACUGCCCUCAAUGCCACAUUGCUCUCGCAAUCGACCUUGAACAGCCCGAUAUCGAGCAGGACGAUACCCAAGUUAAGAAGUCUUCCAUCAUCAACCGCAUCAAGAUGGAGAACUGGACUUCAAGCUCUAAGAUCGAGACUCUGGUUCACGACUUGCACGAGUUGAGAUCCAAGAAUAUGUCUCACAAGAGUAUUAUCUUUUCUCAAUUCACCACCAUGCUCCAGUUGGUUGAAUGGCGUCUUCGUCGUGCCGGUAUCACAACAGUAAUGCUUGAUGGUUCAAUGACCCCCGCCCAGCGCCAGGCUUCCAUCAACCACUUCAAGACCGAUGUCAAGGUUGAAUGCUUCCUCGUCUCCCUCAAGGCUGGCGGUGUUGCCCUCAAUCUUACCGAAGCCUCCAAGGUCUUCAUCGUCGACCCCUGGUGGAACCCAGCUGCAGAGUGGCAGAGCGCCGAUCGCUGCCAUCGUAUCGGUCAAGGCCGCCCAUGUCAGAUCACCCGUCUCUGCAUCGAGGAUUCCGUCGAGUCUCGUAUGGUCCUCCUCCAAGAGAAGAAGGCUAACAUGAUCAACUCUACUAUCAAUUCUGAUAAGAAGGCUAUGGAGAGUUUGACGCCUGAAGAUAUGCAGUUCUUGUUCCGCGGCUCUUGAACGCUGUUCUGUAUGACCUGCAUUGCUUGUUCUGCAUGGAGAAUUGCCUACAUUCUUCUCAUGCUACUUUUUCUUAGUUUUUACGAUACAAGAGAACGCACAUAUUUGAUAUUCCGAUUUGAAUUCAGGCGGGCGUUGGGUUAGCGUUUGGGAAUACCUCUGCUUAUAUACAUGGAUGCAAUCGAGCCUCUCUUAGGGGGCUGGGGUGGUGUUCUGGCAUGAUAUUAACUGGUCUGCGUGGCUUGUAAUGUGGUAGUGGUUCUGUUCCCGCAGUCGAGGGAGUGUUUUGCCCGAGUCGUGUUGAAUCGUGUCCGCGGGUACCAGAUACCUGAUGCCAGAUGCCAGUUUUAGAUAUACCUAGGUAGCUAGUUGAAGCAAAU